AUGCAGGCGGACGGUGUGCGGCGUGAGGUGCUUGCGUGCUUGACGCAUGGAGCGACACCUUUUUCUCUGCAUGCACGUCUUCUCGAAACGGCAAAGGCGGAAGGUGUGCUUACUGAGCUCGGCGAAGUGUUACCUGACGUGCUUUUGGACCUUGUGUUGCUUGUACGACCUGCUCCGCCGCUUUUGUUCGAGUACCUUGAUGUCCUCUGUCUUGACCGCGCACGUUACAUGGGCGAAAAUACAUGCGAUGCAGGACGCGUAAUCGUAGUGCUCCUGCGCAAAAUCAAUGCCACGGUCGACCAAGAUACCCUUAGCACCUUGUGUCAGCAUAUUCUCGAUGCCGUGGGCGAUGCACCGAUAUGGACCAACCAUUUCAUACAGCGCGGUGUGGCAUCGACAGAGUCCUUUCUGUCUUUCUGGCAUGCGGCUCUUCAUCUCAUGCAGGCAGAAGGCCCAAGUUCCGAGCUAUGUAGGCGCCUCAUCGCCGGCGCUGCUCUUCAAGGCUGGCCAGGGUUGGACGAUAUCCCAUUACGUCAUACUGUGCUAGAGGCUUGGCAAAACAUACCCCUCACACAAAAUGAGGCGUCAAGGCAAGCUGUUGCUACGCUGAGACAAGGCCUAUCGGUCAUCACGGCUGUCGACGACCUUUUUGACGAGCAUCCCGCCGCACAGUCGCCUCCGAACGCCUCUCUGUGGAAGUCGCCUGCCUUCUUCACGUAUGCCACCUCAUUACAGAGAGCCUGGCGUCAAGCGGAAACCUCCGGUGGACGCCAUCGACCUUUGCUACCUACCUCAGGUGCACCUGAGCCAGAAACCGUGCUCUUGAUCCACGGGCUAUCUGACUCUCAUUUGCAUUGGCACCGAAAAUACCUUUCGGCCCUCGGUCUUCUCCAAGCACGUCUGCUGCAUGCCAUUGAACCGCCUCAUGAUGUUGGCUGUGCAUUUGUGCUCGAAAUGCUAGUGGCGAUGGCCCAAGCUGCGACCGUGCAGCUCCGGACACACGCGUCCGAGCGACAUGCCCUUCUUUGGCGGCAUAUCAUUGGCGGUGUCAUGCCGCCGCUGGUUGCCUUUCUGAGCGGGAGCGUUCCGUCGUCUCACAGGGAUGGCCUCGUGAUGCGCGAUAUGAUUGCAUGCUUUGUGCACAUGUACGAUCCCAUCCGUGAUUGGAUCGAGCUGGACGAAUGUGUCAUGGCCACAUCGACACAUGCAGUCCCAUUGCCCACGCUGAUUCUUGCGUCAUUCGCCACCUGGGACAGCGGCCUCCAUGCGGGUCCCGUGAGUCUCGAAUCUUUGCCUUUACAUUCCAAUGCAGAGAUCCAUUCGUUUUCACAAGCUGUCCGAACGGCGCUCGGUCAGCACCCCGAAUCGUGUGGCGCCUUGCUUGCCCAAGCUUUACAGGAGCCGCGUCUCCAGCUUGUGAUCGCCAAUGAGUUCAGCCACCUCUUCACGGAAUGGUCCGAGUCGCUCACGCCUGACUUAGCGCAUGUACAUGCUGUCUGCCUCAUGCUCGAACCACAUGUACCACGUGUGCUAGACAUGCUGCACCUUUACAUUGACAAACAAAAGAUGGCGCAUGCCCUUGUGCGUGUAUUAUCGCGAAUCGAGCAGCGCAUUUGGCAGGACCACAGCGAGCUGGCAUCGAUAGGGCGCGUCAUUCUUUUUCUACAGUACUUGUCGUACUACAUCGACCAAACAGGCAUUCCGUCCAGUGGGUAUGCCUACAUUUUCAUGACGCGAAACAUAUCGUCCAUCAACAUGCAUGCCUUUCCUGAGCAGAGUCUGUCGCUCAUAAUCCGGUGGUGCCGCUGUCUCGUGGAAGGUCAGGCCAUUACUGAUGAUCUGUUAGCGGUGUCACCACCUUGGACGAUGUACCGUAUCACGCCGACGAUCCUCUCACUGUUGCUCGAGGCACAUAUGUACUCUUUACUUGACGAUUCGGCGCUCUUUAAGGCAUGUUCCUACUUUUUACAGGUGCCGUUGGCGUACAAUGUGCCAUGUGCCGUCCAAUGGCUCGUGCAGUUUGCAUCGUCGACACUCGCCAAGUCGCAAUAUGAUGCCAAACUCCUAUCGCACGUGGUUAUGUACGUGCGUGUGAUCCACAAGCUGCUUACGAGUACCUCGGACGUGUUUUCGCCCCUAUACCGGUCCAUACUGGCACAUACCGUGCUGCCUCUUCUUACAAACGAACGCCUCAUCCUCGUGCUAUCCACGUCGGAGUUUAAUCUCCCCUCUUUCAUUAUGGCACUCGAGAGUAUGGUUGAGCCGCGCCUAACUAAGUAUGAGUGGAUCAGUGAUGUGCUGAUGCAAAAUGAACAAGGUCGUUUAUGGGCAGGCCUGGCCAAAUAUGUUGGCCACCUGACACACGAGGGACUGCAGCCGGGCAUGGCGCAGCAGCUACUAAAAGUUGCCCUACAUACAACUGCGGAGCACACAUGGGCUACGAAGCUCAUAGCUGCCAUGUUUGCCAUGGUCUAUCCUUACGAUCAUGUCACCGUGCCAUUGUCCCUCGCCCGCGUCACGCUGUUCCAAUGGGAUGCACAACAUGCCAAGGCAGAGCACGUAAUCCAUCUCUCUCGCAUCAUCGGACUGAGCAUUGUGCUAGUCAAGCACAUGCCUGGUCACGAGGAAGGGCUGCCUGCCUUCCUAGAUAGUCUACCUGCGGUCGGCACCGAGUCAUUUUCGAGGCUCCUGCGGCUCGAUGCAUAG